AUGCACCGCCGUCACACCACGCUGAGGGAGAAGGGCCGUCGGCAAGCCGUCCGCGGCCCAGCCUACAUGUUCAACGAGCGUGGCACCAGCCUGACGGUAGAGGAGGAACGCUUCCUGGAUGCUGCGGAGUAUGGCAAUAUCCCUGUGGUGCGCAAGAUGCUAGAGGAAUCCAAGACGCUCAACGUCAACUGCGUGGACUACAUGGGUCAGAAUGCUCUGCAGCUGGCUGUGGGCAAUGAGCACCUGGAGGUGACAGAGCUGCUGCUGCGGAGGGAAGGGUUGGCACGAGUCGGUGACGCUCUGCUGCUGGCCAUCAGCAAGGGCUACGUGCGCAUUGUGGAAGCCAUCCUGGGCCACCCUGCCUUUGCCGGGGGCCUGGAGAGGGAGCUGCGCGAUGACGACUUCUACGCCUACGAUGAGGACGGCACACGCUUCUCACAUGAUGUGACUCCCCUGGUGCUGGCGGCACACUGCCAAGAGUACGAGAUCGUGCACAUCCUGCUACGGAGGGGCGCACGCAUCGAGAAGCCCCACGACUACUUCUGCAAGUGUACCGAGUGCAGCGCCCGGCAGCGGCGUGACCCCUUCAGCCACUCGCGGUCCCGCAUGAAUGCUUACAAGGGCCUGGCCAGCCCUGCGUACCUAGCGCUGUCUAGUCCCGACCCCGUGCUUACUGCCCUGGAGCUGAGCAAUGAGUUGGCGCGGCUUGCCAAUAUCGAGACCGAAUUCAAGAAUGAGUACCGCAAGCUUUCCAUGCAGUGUAAGGACUUUGUGGUGGGAGUGCUGGACCUGUGCCGGGACACAGAGGAGGUAGAGGCCAUACUGAAUGGCGAUGUGGACCACCAACCAACUAGAGAGCACCACCGCCCCUGCCUCAGCCGUGUCAAGCUUGCCAUCAAAUAUGAGGUCAAAAAGUUUGUAGCGCAUCCCAACUGCCAGCAGCAGCUUCUCACCAUCUGGUACGAGAACCUGUCAGGGCUACGGCAGCAGUCCAUCGGGGUCAAGUGCUGGACCGUGCUCGGAGUUACCGUGGGCCUUCCGUUCCUGGCCAUCGCCUACUGGAUCAUGCCCUGCAGCAAGUUGGGUCAGAUCCUCCGUAGCCCGUUCAUGAAGUUUGUGGCCCAUGCGGUGUCCUUCACCAUCUUCUUGGGCCUCCUGGUGCUCAACGCGUCGGACCGCUUCGAGGGGGUCAAGACCCUGCCCAACGAGACAGUUACUGACCACCCGCGACAAAUCUUCCGAGUUAAAACCACCCAGUUCACCUGGACCGAGAUGCUCAUCAUGAAAUGGGUCCUGGGAAUGAUCUGGUCGGAGUGUAAGGAGAUCUGGGCAGACGGGCCACGGGAGUAUGUGAUGCACCUAUGGAACGUGUUGGACUUUGGCAUGCUCUCCAUCUUCGUGGCGUCCUUCACGGCUCGGUUUAUGGCUUUUCUGAAGGCCUCCAAUGCCCAGCUCUAUGUGGACUUGCACGUUCCCAACAGCGACCUGAGCAACGCCUCCCUGCCGGCUGAUGUGGCCUACUUCACCUACGCAAGGAACAAAUGGCGACCCUCGGACCCCCAGCUGAUCUCAGAGGGCCUGUAUGCCAUCGCGGUGGUACUGAGUUUCUCUCGCAUUGCCUACAUCCUACCUGCCAAUGAGAGCUUUGGCCCCCUGCAGAUCUCCCUGGGCCGCACCGUUAAAGACAUCUUCAAGUUCAUGGUCAUCUUCAUCAUGGUGUUCGUGGCGUUCAUGAUCGGCAUGUUCAACUUGUACUCCUACUACCUGGGGGCCAAGUACAACCCAGCCUUCACCACUGUGGAGGAGAGCUUUAAGACGCUGUUCUGGUCCAUCUUCGGCCUGUCGGAAGUCAUCUCCGUGGUCCUCAAGUACGACCACAAGUUCAUUGAGAACAUCGGCUAUGUGCUGUAUGGGGUAUACAACGUGACUAUGGUGGUCGUUCUGCUCAACAUGCUCAUCGCCAUGAUCAACAACUCCUACCAGGAGAUUGAGGAGGAUGCUGACGUGGAGUGGAAGUUUGCCCGCUCCAAGCUCUGGCUGUCUUACUUCGACGAAGGCCGUACCCUCCCAGCCCCCUUCAAUCUGGUGCCCAGCCCCAAGUCCUUCUACUACCUGGUCCAGCGGUCCAAGCAGUGUGUGGUGAGACUGUGCAAGGCCAAGGCCAGGGGGCAUGACAGCGAGGUGGAGAUGGGCAUGCUCAACUCGCGCUCCAAGCUCUUUCGUAUUUAUUACACACCAGCGCACCCCAGAGCCCUAGAUGACCUACAAGUGAAAAAACCCAUCAAGCACCCAACCAGAUACCAGAAAAUCAUGAAACGGCUCAUUAAGCGCUAUGUGCUGAGAGCCCAGGUGGACAGAGAGAAUGAUGAAGUCAAUGAAGGCGAGCUGAAGGAAAUCAAGCAGGACAUCUCCAGCCUCCGCUAUGAGCUCCUGGAGGAGAAGUCCCAGGCCACGGGUGAACUGGCCAGCCUCAUCCAGCAGCUCAGCGACAGGUUCGGGAGAGACACCAAGCAGCCAUGAAGCAGGCCCAGAUGUCCCGGGGUUCCUGCCGAGAAAAGUGGUGCAAAAUGCUCAGAAAGUGAGCUCUGGAGAAAUCCACACACCACGCAGAGGUUAAAGGUUAAAGUGUAUGUUAACAGCAGUGAGUACAGUGCUGCUCAGUGACACUUCCGUCAAAAGAGAAAAGUAAUGACUUUGGGAAUAGAGGGGCCAGAGGGGGAGCCGCAUCACAUCCGUUCUGAUUAAACGCAAACAGAGGUGCUUACUGGACUGGAUCGGACCGGCAGGAAGGACAAUUUGGCCACACCCUCGUCAGGGAUGUGAGAUGUGUGUAUGUUUGCGUGUCUUUGUGUGUUUAAAUAGUGGGGGUAGUGUGUGCGAGACACCAUCUGGCUCCCCCGUAACACUGCCGAUAUCACAGCGGCACAACACUGCGGACUCAGUGUGCGGCUCCGCAGAUCCGGCGUGCGCACCGGUGGGCCCUGCGCAGCUCUGCGGGCUUCACGCGCA